AUGAACGGAACUCGGUUAAUUGUAGUUGAGUACAGCAACGCACAUAAAGAAUUCUUAGACAUGUUUCAUUCACAUAAUUUCAUGAAAAUUGCGAAGAGCUCCUCCCGUGACUUGUGCCUCGGCCUGAUCUUUUGUAAUGAUGACACGCUGAUAGAGGAAGCUUAUGUGCUUCUCUCUGUUAGCAGGAGAGAUCCUGCAUCCGCUGACCUCACCCUUAAAUUGAGCCUGCUUGCUGUUAUAGGGAGAAAACGGAUAGGCGAUUUGAACAGGGCUGAAUAUGAUGCCAUCGAACAGUAUUCAAAGAGCAUUGACUGGGUAGCAUCGCUCGCUAUAUUAGACACCACGGAAGAAAAAUAUGGAUUAUUUGCCGAUUCCGUUCGUGUUACAGGGAUGGUAUGUGCCACUUUGCCACUUCGUAUCGCUAACGAGAAUUCUAUCUAG